GAUGGUUUCACUUUCAGUUGGAAGCUGCUGUAUGCACGGAGAAUGUUUCCGUUCAGGCAAAAUUGCUGUAUGUUAACCAGCAAUAGUUAUAUGAACAGACGGGAGUCAGACGUGCCCAGUGGGCAAUGCAGCUGUAAAUACUGAGAUGUUCACUUGCAACGCAGACCUGGCAGUUCUGAAGCUGGGAGCCCUUCCUUCACCAUCAGCCUGUGCCCUUCCCUGUAGGAUCCAGCAGGCAGGGCACGUCCCAGACUAAGGGUCCAUUUCAUUGACUGUGAGAAGCUGGAAAUGUCCCAGUGAUCCUGUAACUGCUGAGAAGUUUCUCCUGGGCUCAUGAGUUACAAAUGAAGAUGAGGAUUUCCUUCCACUCUCACUGUGCUAAGGGCAACCUUUCUCUGUCCAGUUACCUCAUUUUCUUUUUUACGGUCCAUGUUUCUACAUUGGAAUCAGUGAAUUUCAAGGUGAUUGGACCUGAUCAUCCCAUCAUAGUUUCUGCAGGUGAAGAUGCCCUGUUACCCUGUCACCUUUCCCCCAGCAUGAGUGCUCAGGAGAUGGAGGUGCGUUGGUUCCAAUCCAAGUUCUCUGAACUUGUCCAUCUGUAUCAGCAUGGAAAAGAUCAGGCUGAGAAGCAAAUAUCAAAAUAUCAAGGCAGAACAGAGCUGCUGAAGGAUGGUAUUGUGGAUGGAAGGGUCGUCCUGCGUAUAUGCAACAUCACCCCUUCUGAUGGAGGGCAGUUUAUCUGUUUCUUCCGAUCAUCCAGUUUUUAUGGGGAAGCCACUCUGGAACUGAAGGUGGCAGGUCUGGGCUCUGCUCCUCGCAUCUCUAUCGACAGCUACCAGAGCGGAGGGAUCCACAUGGUGUGUGAAUCUGCUGGAUGGUACCCGGAGCCCCAGGUGCAGUGGAGAGAUCUCAAGGGGCAGCACUUACCAUCUCUGACAGAAAAAAUAAGUCAACAUGAUAACGGCCUGUUUGAAGCACAAAUUUCCAUUAUUGUAACAGAAACUUCCAGUCAGGAUCUGUCCUGCUCUGUCAGGAACUCCCAGUUCAACCAAGGGAAAGAGUCUGUGGUCUACAUUGCAGAUCCCUUCUUCCUGAGGGCAUACCCCUGGAAGGUGGCUGUGUACAUACUCCUGGUUGUUGUGUGUUUGGUCACUUGCACAGCAAGCUACUUCUUCUGGAAGCAACAUGAAGCAAAAGCGGCGCAUGUUGCAGAGAGAGGGAAACUUGUUGCUGAUCUUGGUACGUGUCAUAAUCGUCUCCAUGUUAGACACCUUGUUCCUUGUUCUACCAGGGGAUGGAGCUUCCCUGAUCCAUCCGCCCUCCAGACCCGACACUCUGCAUCCCCCAACUCCUCUGUCUGCCUCACCCAUGUCUCCCUUCAACUUUCAGAUGAUCAUCACCAGCUGCCUGACUCUGCCUCUACACUCUCACUCAUGAGUCGCAUCCUGGUCCAUGACUCCUAUUUGUCUCUCCACAUUACUGUGACCAUCACUAAUAAUUUCUCACCGCCUCACCAACAUUGAUCCUUGCCAACUCCAUUCACAGCAACGCCCCCUCACUUACACAAAACAAGGCCAUUCCAACACAAAACUAUUCAUUUCUAGUUAGGUUUGAGCAUUUAUAUAUAAACUCCAAAGCUGAGACCAUAACAUUCUGGCACUAACACACAAUGAGGCCAGUGUUGUGUUGAAGGAUCACAUUUAGUAUCAGAGACAAGUAUGCUUUAAAACCAAUGUCAAGAUUUCAGUUCUUCAGUCAUGAACUUUACUCCUGUAUUGACUUGUUCAGAUUUAAAGCUAGGAGGGAAGAGAGAAAUACAAUUGUGUCACACUGUGCUAGAGUUCAGUUUAUUUGGAUGAUUUAAAAAAGAAUGGCUGCAAAUCAUACUUCACAUUUCAAAAGUAGAACCUUAAGUUUUAAUUUCCAUGAUUUUAGAAGUUUGCGAGUUUAAGAUACUUUUUUGUCAGAGUUUUUUGGAGGAGGUUGGUGGCACAUCUGCUUGGCCUGAACUCCAGGGUAACGAAGAGUUUUGAGUGCUUUGUCAUGUGCUCUGAAAUGUGCCCAACAGAAUGCAAGAUACAAGGAAGGGCACAUUUACAUUUUUGUGAUGAAUUGGAGAAAAAUAAGCUGAUAUGCUCAAAAAAUGAAAUAACACAAAGUUCAUCUACUUACAAAGACAUAAAGAAAGCAACAACUAAAUCUAAGAUAUUUUAGAUUCUGACUGAUUGAAUUGUGGCCUCCAUAGAAAGGUGUGUCUCUGUUUCGCUCUUAGUCAGUCUCUUGUGAUAAGGCACCUCGGUGGGCUCAGCGCUUCCCCCUCUGGCAGUGGGGGAGCCUGGAGUAAAUCAGUGUCCCUCUGGAUGGUGUUCAUUCUCCCACUUGCGGGGUUAUUUCCCAAUCUUUUCCGGGGAGGCCUUUGGGCAGGCCUCAGAAGUACCCCUCCGCCAAACAAACAAACAAAAAAGAAACCAGUUCCAACACAAAACAAAGGGGAUAUCUUUUUCUACCCCCUACUCUGAGGUGCCAGCCGGUCCCCAUGGCAGGCAGUGAGUUAUGUAGCUUCCCCUGUAGAGAGGAAAGCAGCCAUCCACCCUGGAGCAGGCUAUCUCCUUGCUGCCACUAGCCUUGCAGCAGCUUGUGUCCCCUUCCAACUCUUCAGCGAAGGAGGGGUUUUUAAAGGUCUCAGGCAGCCCUUAAUUCAGAGGUGGGCAAACUAUGGCCCGUGGGCCACAUCUGGUCCGCAGCACCAUCCUGCCCAGCUUUUGAGCUCCCGGCCAGGGAGGCUAGUCCUCGGGCCCUCCCUGGCUGUCCUUCCUCUCCCGCAGCCUCAGCUCACCGUGCUGCCAGUGCUCUGGGCGGUGAGGCUGCGAGCUCCUGCCAGGCAGCAUAGCAGCAUGACUGGCUCCAGUGGGACAGCA